CAUGAUUCCAGUCAACAUGGGCGACUGAUCGCGACGGUCGCUCUGCUCCGUAGCUGUACGCGAGGAGAUUGAAAGAAAGGGAAAGAAGGCAUCACCACCACCACCACCACCAGCAUCGCGUACCGGCGGCUCAGCGGUAAAGCAUCAGCAGUUGUUCGUUUACAAGAUGGCAGACGGGCCGUCCGGUGAAGAGGCGCCGAGCGAGUUCGGCACUGUAAAUCGCGUGCCCAAAGAAAGACACAAGUGUAAUAAUAACGAUGUAGUGAUAAACAUUGAUAAGGAAGGUGUUCGGGUUACAGAAAGUGAUAAUAUUACCUCGUGGGCGAGUGUCGACGAGAAAAAGAAACGUGAUGUUUAUGUUGGUGAUGAUGAUGAUGACGAUGACGAUGACGACGACUACGAUGAUGACGAAUACGACGACGACGACGACUACGACGAUCGUGAUGCUGGUGAUGACGAGGAAGACGACGACGUCGACGAUGACGAUGAAGUUAGCAGAGGUGGCAGUAUAAGCAGUGGUUGUGUCCAUGAUGAUGUGCCCCUUCGUUCUUCGGCAACGACCAUGGUUGUUCACAAGAAACCGCUAACGAAAGAGACUCUCGUAGUUCUCUUGCACCCUAUGAGUGUUGUUGGGAAAAAAACUGUUGGCUCGGUCGAUGAUAGAACGGCGUUGCUUGGGGAGAUUAACGGCGACGCGAUUCGCGGUGUUAUCAUCCCCGAACCGAAGAGGGGAGCGGCGGUUAAAAGUAUCGACAAAGUGCCAACGGGGGUUGGCAACACCACCUUCAAAGGACAAAUUAGAACAGCGGACGAUACCCUUGUUGGACCCUGCGGGAAGAAACGAUGCGUCGAUCGAUACGAUAGCUCGGAAAGCUCCGACAGCGGAGUGGUCGUCUCCUGCGGCGAAUGCAGCAGCAGCGGGACCAGCGACAUAACCGAGCCCGGAUCACCCUGUAGUACGAGCAGCGACGAAGGUCUCGCCGGUAUUCGAUCGAGUGGCCCAAGCCCCCUGCACAAGCUGGCGCCCCCUACGUCAACCCCCUCGCGGGGCCCUCAAUGGCCCUGGACGCCACCCCUCGCCGCCACCGCUUGUUCCACCUUGAAGAAGAUCAAGGGCGAACCGGAAGCUGGGACCCUGCCCAAGGCCGGGGCUGCCGACCCGACUAACCGAGGAAAGGGUCAGCACCGCCAUCACGAAGGGCCGAAUGGCCGAAUAAAUUGCACACAGGGAAAGAUCACCGAGUAUUUCAAGACGCAGAUCAAGCCGCAGCAAAUCAAGGUGAAGAAGUCAUUAGAAAUGUCGACGCUGGUCGCCAAGAGUUCGCCAGAAUUUCGCCGACCUCCGACAGUUCAGAGAAACAAAGGUGGACUGGCCAAGUAUUUGGGGACAACGCCUCCGAACGGAAGGCCGAACGACUGGGAGGUUCGCACGCUGACGAUGUCGCCGCCACCGUUGAAAAAGUUGCCCGUUAUCGCGCCACGUGCUCAUAAUAAAAUUGAAAAACUACCAAACCCCGUUCCUAGUCUACCUAUUUCCACCAACAUUCUAAACUCCCUUCCGACUGUAAAGCUCUCAUCCAUGCGUCUGCCGUCCAACAUCAGUCCCGAUCCAAAAAUUAUGUCCUCACCGCCUCCGACCCCGACCCCCACCCCCACCCCCACUCCCACCCCAACUCUAAAUUCGAACCCGAACCCGAACCCGACCUCCUCGCCGACGACGGAGGCUAUAGAUGACGUCGGUUUUCGAGACGACGCGUUCGCCAAGCCAACCGUAAACGAGAACAACAAUUUGACGUCGACGAUUAUUGCAACCAGAUCACAGAACGAGCAUCUCUCGCGGCCGCCCCCCACCGGUCCCCGUACCCCGCAGGACGACGAGGUAGCCCACGUUGACAACAAACCGAAGGAACCUCUGUCGCCUAUACUUUCUGCACCGACCACCAUCCGAUUUCCAGCUCAAGCACCGGGAAAGAACAGACCCCAGACAACAGACAGCGGUAUCUGCAAUUGGGACCAAUGCGACGCCAGAUUUGAGUCGAGCAGUGGUCUACUUGAGCAUUUGCAGGUUUCUCACAUCAAUACUCAAACCGGUGGUGACAAUUUCAUUUGUCACUGGCAGGGCUGUAAAGUACAAGGGAGAACUUCCUGCUCUCGUCGGUGGUUGGAGAGACAUGUUCUUUCACACGGUGGAAAUAAACCGUUCAGGUGCAUCGUUGACGGAUGUGGUAGCAGAUUCAGUUCACAGAUUACAUUAGAAAGACACGUCAAUGGUCACUUCAAUCAACCAGAAACUAGCAGCAGUAGCAGUAGAAAAAGUUGCGAGAAUGGUGGAAAAUUGGUCAGAAGAAACGGUAAACGUUUGAGAUAUAGACGACAACCUUGGUCUGCAAGGUUGUUCGACUUCAUCGACACUGGUGUUAUGGAAGGUUUGCAUCAUCGGCUUCUGGAACUUGCACGAACUCGCACACAAGGCCAUUUAGCAGAAACUCCCGGAAACUCGAUGGUCUUAACAAGUCAGGUUCUAGCUCGAAGAGUAGAGCAGGAUGGCAAGACCAAGGUGUUAAUGCGAUGGUAUCCACACGACAUAGUUCCAGACGAGUGGGUCCUUGAAUCUGAAGUGCAAGACAUGAAAUGCAUUAGAAUAUCCAACGCUGCAGCGACAUCGCCGGAUGAAGUAAACCUAGCGUUGUAUCCGGCAAUGAAUAGCGGAACGCUCCCUCAGUCUCGAACGAAACAACGCCGGAAACCAGUUAAAAACUCGUGAUACCAAUAAAUUUAUUUGACGGUAAAUAAAUGAAGAAGAGUUAUCUCCAAGAUCGCGAGAAACAUUGAAGCAGCAGUCCCGACAGGACGUCGUGGAAGGUGCUGGUGAUCAUAGUCGCGCGGUACAAACGGACAAAAUACGCGCUCCGAGUUGAACAAUGAGGUAUAAGAGGUAUUUUUAAUUUAUUUAGUGUAAUUUACGAUAAACUAGAAUAAUAAUUAUUUUACGUCUGAUUUAUGAUUUCUUGUUGUUCUCGACGCGAUCGAUUCCAGAAAAGCCGAGUCGACCAAAAGUGCCUAGCCAUGGAUGUUUCCCUAAGUUAUAAAAUCUACUGAUUAACGAUUUUCAUCUACUUAAGUAUUGACUGUUAGUUAACAUUUUCAGGAGAUAAUCACUCUGGUGGCCUUAAAAAUCAAUUAAUAUCUAAAUCGGUCUUGGCAUUUCUGGACUUGAGCUCAGAACGUUAUUCUCGGUGGCGAGAAGAAUGGUUAUGACUUGGUUAGGAGAUGUGACCUCUUGAACACGAAUAGAAAUAAACGCAACCUCCUGCUCGUAAGA